ACACCACGAGUCAAACACGAGAAGCUUGUUUUGUUUACGCGUCGUUUGCGUUUUCUCUUCGAAUAAAUUGAAUUUUUUGAUUGAUUACUUGGUGAAAACUGUUCGACUUGUAGAAAUCAUCAUGCAGAACAUCGUAAUUAAGGAUAUUUUUGAUGGAUUCAAUGAUUAUCUAAACAAGGAACAAGAACUUCGCGAGCAAAUUCGUGAAGUGGUUCGCGAAAUAGAUCAGGCUGCGAAGGAAGCUGCCAUCGCUCUACAAAUCAUUCACAGUAGUCUAUCGGAGAUUUCAGCAGGAUGCACCAGUGCCCGUGCACAGUUUGAAGUAUGCCGCAAGGGGUACCAACGUUUGGCCGAACUGAUCCCUGAAGGGCAAUAUUAUCGGUACAACGAUCAUUGGCAUUUUCUUACCCAGCGUGUGGUAUUCCUGGUGGCAUUGACUAUCUAUUUGGAGAAAGGAUUCCUUGUAAGCCGGGAUACGGCAGCUGAAAUAUUAGGCAUGAAAACAAAACAGACGGAUGGCUUCCAUUUGGACAUUGAAGAUUAUUUGGUAGGAGUACUCCAAAUGGCCUCUGAGUUGAGUCGCUAUGCAACUAACUCGGUGACCCUCGGCGACUAUGACCGUCCGUUGACCAUCUCGAAAUUUGUAGCCGAUCUAAACUCUGGCUUCCGUUUGCUAAAUUUGAAGAACGAUGGACUGCGAAAGAGAUUCGACGCGCUGAAGUAUGAUGUCAAAAAGAUCGAGGAGAUCGUGUACGACAUAAGUAUUCGCGGUUUGCGUGUGGAUACCGGUGCGGCCAGCGGUGUUGCCACUGACGCUGAUCAGUAAUACUAUAAGCUUAGUGAAUGUAAAUAUUCAUAAAUCUGGAUUACUUUGUCUAUUUGAUACAACUUGAAUUAAACAGUAAGAACAAAUUGAA